AAUUUAUUUUUUUUUUUGUUCAUAGAUAUAUGUAGAGUGUGUCGAUCAGAAGGAACACCUGAGAAACCUCUUUAUCAUCCUUGUGUAUGUACUGGCAGUAUUAAGUUUAUUCACCAAGAAUGCUUAGUUCAGUGGCUGAAACACAGUCGAAAAGAAUACUGUGAAUUAUGCAAGCACAGAUUUGCUUUCACACCAAUUUAUUCCCCAGAUAUGCCUUCACGGCUUCCAAUCCAAGACAUAUUUGCUGGACUGGUUACAAGUAUUGGCACUGCAAUACGAUACUGGUUUCACUAUACACUUGUGGCCUUUGCAUGGUUGGGAGUUGUUCCUCUUACAGCAUGCCGCAUCUAUAAGUGCUUGUUUACUGGCUCUGUGAGCUCACUACUGACACUGCCGCUAGACAUGCUAUCAACGGAAAAUCUGUUGGCGGAUUGUUUGCAGGGUUGUUUUGUGGUAACGUGCACACUGUGUGCAUUCAUCAGCCUGGUGUGGCUGCGAGAGCAGAUAGUCCAUGGAGGAGCCCCGAUCUGGUUGGAGCACGCUGCUCCGCCUUUCAAUGCUGCCGGGCACCACCAGAAUGAGGCUCCGGCAGCAGGAAAUGGUGCAGAAAAUGUUGCUGCUGAUCAGCCUGCUAACCCACCAGCUGAGAAUGCAGUGGUAGGGGAAAACCCUGAUGCACAGGAUGAACAGGCAGAGGAAGAAGAGGAAGACAAUGAGGAAGAAGACGAUGCUGGCGUGGAAGAUGCAGCAGAUGCUAAUAAUGGAGCGCAGGAUGACAUGAACUGGAAUGCAUUAGAAUGGGACCGAGCAGCAGAUGCUAGGACUUGAUGGAUCACUAGUUUUUCUGGAGCAUGUCUUCUGGGUGGUGUCUUUAAACACAUUGUUCAUUCUUGUUUUUGCAUUUUGCCCUUACCACAUUGGUCAUUUCUCCCUUGUUGGUUUGGGAUUUGAAGAACACGUCCAAGCAUCUCAUUUUGAAGGCCUAAUCACAACUAUAGUUGGAUAUAUACUUUUAGCAAUAACACUCAUAAUUUGUCAUGGCUUGGCAACGCUUGUUAAAUUUCAUAGAUCUCGUCGCUUACUGGGAGUCUGCUAUAUUGUUGUUAAGGUCUCUUUGCUCGUGGUUGUAGAAAUUGGAGUGUUUCCUCUCAUUUGUGGCUGGUGGCUGGAUAUCUGCUCCCUGGAAAUGUUCGAUGCUACUUUGAAAGAUCGAGAACUGAGUUUUCAGUCAGCUCCAGGUACUACCAUGUUUCUGCACUGGCUAGUGGGAAUGGUGUACGUGUUCUACUUUGCCUCCUUCAUUCUGUUACUGAGAGAGGUACUUCGACCUGGUGUCUUGUGGUUUCUGAGAAAUUUGAAUGAUCCAGAUUUUAAUCCAGUACAGGAAAUGAUCCACUUGCCUAUUUAUAGACAUCUCCGAAGAUUUAUUUUGUCAGUGAUUGUCUUCGGCUCCAUCGUCCUGCUGAUGCUUUGGCUUCCUAUACGUAUAAUUAAGAGUCUGCUGCCUAAUUUUCUUCCGUACAAUGUCAUGCUCUACAGUGAUGCUCCAGUGAGUGAACUGUCCCUUGAGCUGCUUCUGCUUCAGGUUGUCUUACCAGCACUGCUUGAGCAGGGACACACAAGACAGUGGCUGAAGGGUCUCGUGCGAGCGUGGACAGUUACCGCCGGAUACUUGCUGGAUCUUCAUUCUUAUUUAUUGGGAGACCAGGAAGAAAACGAGAACAGUGCAAACCAGCAAGUCAACAAUAACCAACAUGCUCGAAAUAACAAUGCCAUUCCCGUGGUGGGGGAAGGCCUGCACGCAGCCCACCAAGCCAUACUCCAGCAGGGAGGGCCUGUUGGCUUUCAGCCUUACCGUCGGCCUUUAAAUUUUCCUCUCAGGAUAUUUCUGUUGAUUGUCUUCAUGUGUAUAACAUUAUUGAUCGCCAGUCUCAUCUGCCUUACUUUACCAGUAUUUGCUGGCCGUUGGUUAAUGUCAUUUUGGACGGGAACUGCCAAAAUCCAUGAGCUCUACACAGCUGCUUGUGGUCUCUACGUUUGCUGGCUGACCAUAAGGGCGGUGACGGUGCUGGUGGCAUGGAUGCCUCAGGGACGCAGAGUUAUUUUCCAGAAGGUUAAAGAGUGGUCCCUCAUGAUAAUGAAGACUUUGAUAGUUGCAGUGCUGCUGGCUGGAGUCGUCCCUCUCCUUCUGGGGCUCCUAUUUGAACUGGUCAUUGUUGCUCCUCUGAGGGUUCCUUUGGAUCAGACGCCCCUUUUUUAUCCAUGGCAGGACUGGGCGCUUGGAGUCCUGCAUGCCAAAAUCAUCGCAGCUAUAACAUUGAUGGGUCCUCAGUGGUGGUUGAAAACUGUAAUUGAACAGGUUUACGCAAAUGGCAUCCGGAACAUCGACCUUCACUAUAUCGUUCGUAAGCUGGCCGCCCCGGUGAUCUCUGUGCUCCUGCUCUCCCUGUGUGUCCCCUACGUCAUAGCUUCUGGUGUCGUUCCUUUACUAGGUGUUACGGCAGAAAUGCAAAACUUAGUCCACCGGCGGAUUUAUCCAUUUUUGCUGAUGGUUGUGGUGUUGAUGGCAAUCUUAUCCUUCCAGGUCCGCCAGUUUAAGCGCCUUUAUGAACAUAUUAAAAAUGACAAGUACCUUGUGGGGCAGCGCCUCGUGAACUAUGAGCGCAAGUCUGGCAAACAAGGCACAUCCCCGUCACCCCCACCGUCGUCCCAAGAAUAAAGUGGUUGUCUCAACUCCUCGACCUUCCCCUGCCUUCACGUGUCCUUUUUUGUGGACUUCUCUCGGAGAUUUUCCCAGUGAUCUCUCAGCAUUGCUUUUAAGUUAAAUGUGUUUGACUUGUGUCCUCAGCGUUCAGAGAGCGGCCGGGUAAGGCUGUUCUUGCCUGUGUCUUCUGACAUCACUGCUGUCUGAGAUCUGUACAUGUGUAAAUAGAAGUUCCUGGAUACCCUAAAACCUUGGAUUAAACAGAAUGUGCAUUGUACAUCUUUAAACAAAAUGUAUAUUAAUUUAUUAAAUCUAGUUGUCACUUUAUUUUGGACCUGCUGUGAUCUCGACAGGAAGCGUGCCACAGAGCAGUAGUGCACAG